AUGGGGAACUUUUUUACACACUACUGGUCAACGGUUGCAUUGAGAAGAAGAGAUAGUGCUAUGAUCAAAGUUCAACCAACGUCAAUCGAAAGGAGGUCUGCAAAAGUUACUAAAGGAAGUAAACGAUUAUUAGCUGGUCGACCUCCAUUAGGAGAAAAGACUACAGUGAAAAAAAAACGAAACCUUGGAUUGAACAUAAACUUAAACCAAAGAAAUGCUAAAAGUCAUGGACCUUUUUAA